CGAACAAAAAGAAGAAGCCUUUAACGCAUUAUCGAUUUAGUAAACAAAUAAAAUCUAAUUUUUUUCGAUAUGUGAUGAGAGUAAAUUAGCAUAGUGUAUUACUCAAUCCAAUUUAAUGCAAAUACUUUGAUACAUUAUUGCUGUUAUACUUUUUAAAUUUGAAACUCAAUCUUAAAAUGGAAAAAGGUGUUAAGCAUCUUUUAGAAGCAUCUGUUAAAUUAGAAUGCAGCAUGGAAACCACAUCAAGAGCAUUAGUGUUGUAUCAUCAUUUUAUGAGAUGCAUUAAUGAAGCUUCAUAUGACCAAAGUAUGGUUGCAGCUGCAGCAGUAAGUUUAGCAAGUAGAAUAAAUGAACAAGUUUUAGAUCAGGAUACAAUAUUAUUAACUUUUUUUUGUAUAGCAAAUAAAACAUCCCGUGUGUUGAAAGCAGAAGAUUCAGAAUUUUUAGUUUUGAAAAACACAUUGGUCACACUUGAUUAUGUGAUGAUGAGAACACUAGAUUUUGAUUUAAAUCAUAAACUAGCCCACCAGUACCUUGUGCCUUAUUUGCAUGUGAUUUUUUCAAGAAGUUGGAAAGUAUCUCAGUUUAGUGGUGAAAUCAGCAAUACUUGUAUAAGGCUUAUAUCUGAUUUCUAUCUGCAUAGAACUUGCUUGAAUUAUCAAGCAGACCAUAUCGCCAUCGCUUGCAUCGAUGCAACUUUGUACAUUUAUGGACUAUACGAUGAAAUGGAAAUGAUUCAACCUUGGUACAAGGGAUUUUGUAAAGACUUGGAUGACAAAAAGAUUGAUGAAAUUCAAGAUAACAUGUUUACUUUGUAUGAAGCUUUUGCAAAUGAAAGUUCGAAAGAAAUGAAAAAUGUAGCGUCUGUAGCUGUAACUUCCUGAAAACAAGUUGGACUUACAAUUUGGAAAAAGCCUUCAAUAAUUUUACUUCAGCAUUUUUCCUAAACACAACACAUGUUAAACAAUUUUCAGCUGUUGUCAUCGGAGUCUAUUGCUGGCAAUUAUUUUUUAAAUUAUAAGACUUUUGCAUGCAAAAUAUAAAUUAUUUGUGAUAUUUGACAAGGUUUUUUAAAGUUAAUUGUGUUAUCAUUACAUGUUACUUUUAAAAUGCCCUGUGUUCUACAGUUAUUAGAGAAUUUAAUUUUUGCAGCUCAUUUUCAUAUCAAGCCAAUAUUGCAAUUUUUAUAAUUUUCCAUGUAUAUAUUCAUAUCUAUUGUAAAUAAAUUAUUUAUUGUUGUAUUACAUAUACAA